UAAUAAUGCUGCGAGGAGCCUUCGUGGGCCGCCGCGCGGCCGUCGCGCUGGGGGCGGGCCUCGCCUCUGGUCUCUGCAUGCACGAGGGUCGGAGCCGCAACGACGAGCGCCCGCCAUCCAUCGUCAUCGAGCAAGCUGAGGCCGCCGAAGCCACUGAGGGCGCCGUCCCGCGGCACUACCCGUACGUGAUUCUCGGCGCGUGCACCGCCGCCCACGCUGCGAUCGAGGCCAUUUUGCAGCAGAGUCCGCUCGCCGACAUUCUCAUGAUCAGCGAGGAGACCCACUUGCCGCGGCUCGACGCGUCGCACGACAUGUCGACUCCGCUCUCAGGAACGCGCUCAUGGAUUCGUACAACGAGUGGCGCCGGUACAUCACGCCACGCCUCGACGACGAGCACGCGACGCCGUCCGUCUCGCUCGUGCUGGGCAUGCACAACCUGCAAGUCGACGUGGAGCGAAAGCGCAUCACGCUGCCCGACAAUGCGCUGGUCAUCUCAUACGACAAGUGCCUCAUUGCGACGGCGGGCCGACCUCGGCCGUUGUACGUCCUGGACAGCUCCAAGAUCUCGUACGCGCUCCGCGACAAGGUCAACACCGUGACGACGCUCUCUGACUUUGCGGCGCUCGAUCGGCUCUCGACGCGCAUGGCGAUCACGUCCGUGACUGUCGUCGGCGGUGGCUUCUUGGGCACCGAGGUGGCGGUGGCGCUUGCAACGGACCCCCGGAACAGCCACUUGCAGGUGCAGCAAUUAUUUGUUGACGACCAAGGGCCGUGCGCGCGUCACGUGCCGGCGUAUCUGAGUGCUGAAAUCACGCGCCGGCUGCAGGCGUACGCCCACAUUGACGUGCACACGCACACGCUCGUGACAAGCAUCAAGCCCGACACAGCGACAGGCGGCGUGCAUCUCUCGUGCAUGGGGGCCGCGACCGCCGACGUCGUCACCGACUAUGCAGUGCUCGCGUCGACGCAGAUCGAACCGGACGUCGAGUGCGGGCACUUUGAGGGCCUCGAGAUCGAUGCGCUGCACGGCGGCAUCGUCGUCAACGCGCAGCUGGAGGCGGUGCGGGACCUCUUUGUCGCGGGCAGCGUCGCGAGCUACUACGAUUCGUUUGUCGGCCGGCGCCGCGUCGAUCGGUACGACCAUGCGGUCAACAGCGGUCUUGUGGCGGGCCAGAACAUGGUCAAUGCGACCAAGAAAAUGUACCGGCACCAGCCCAUGUUUCGAAGCCACAUGCCCGGGAUCCACGUGACCAUCGAGGGCAUUGGCGAAAUCGACAGCCGCCUCCAGACGCUCGGCGUGUGGCUCGCGCCACCGAAACAGUUUGGAGCCGACGAGAGUUACCAGCGCGGCCUCGUCUACUACCUCCGCGCCAACAAGAUUGUGGGCAUUUUGCUAUGGAACGCACCCGACUUGCUCGAGAGUGCACGCAACGUCAUGGUGCACAAGCCCACGUACGACCACGUCCAGCAGCUCUCCAAGGUGAUUUCGCUGGGUCCGGACGACUGGCUUCCGACGACGACCAUGCGUGAUGACGCGGUGACGUCGCACGCGUAUCCCAGCCCGCCGUCCCAUGAACCCAACUGCACGAAGCCAUCAAUCCUCGCUGCGUGCGUGUGUCCGAUAAAAAAUUCGCCGUAA